CCCACCCCCAGUCAGCCUGUUCCUCUCCUUUAUCUCAUCUCUCACUCUCUCUCCCUUUCUCCUUGCCGUUUUUUAACUCCUGAAUUUUCUUGUCUCUUUGAAGUCCUUGGAUGGUUAUUGAUGUAUAAAACAGUGUUCCUGAGAAAGGGAGAAGAAAGUAAAACCAGAUUACCAUUGAGGAAGGAGUAAGGGAUUUAGUACUGGAUAGUAACAAUCCCAGUCCAGAAGUCUUUGGAUAAAACCCUGAAGAGGUUGUUUGAAGCUGGGAAUGUUUAAACUCAGCAAUGUGAAAGCUUCAGAAGAUGGCUAUCGGGUUUUCCAGAUUGGGAGUUGAAGCUGCAGUUAACUUAAGUCUUUUGUUGUAAAAGACUUUUCUUUGACGUAAACAUGUCGACCAAACUUCAGACCAGUAACAUCACCAACAAGAAUGACCCUCGGUCAAUUAACUCCCGCGUCUUUAUUGGAAAUCUCAAUACGGCUGUGGUGAAGAAAUCCGAUGUCGAGACAAUCUUUGGUCAGUAUGGCAAGGUAGUAGGCUGCUCGGUGCACAAGGGCUAUGCCUUCGUUCAGUACACCAACGAGAGAACGGCUCGCGUGGCUGUAGCAGGAGAGAAUCGGCGCGUGCUCGCUGGGCAGACGCUCGAUAUUAAUAUGGCUGGAGAACCCAAACCCAAUAGACCCAAAGGACUGAAGAGGCCAAGUUCUGCUCUGUACAGCUCAAGUUACGAUUUUGAUUACGAUUACUUCAGAGACGAUUUCUAUGAGAGAAUGCAUGAAUACUCCAGCCGGCCGUCGCUGAUCCCCAGGGCGAUUCCAGUCAAGCGCCCGCGAGUGAUUGUACCCGUGCUACGCAGAGGGAAGUCUGGGAUCCCCAUGAAACUAAUGGCACGUUCCACAGCUGCGACAAAAAACGCCACAAAGUUAAAACUCAAAUCCAACGAGCUCCAGCGAAUUAAACUAGAACUCACCCAGAUUAAAUCUAACAUCGACUCGCUGCUGGGAAGGCUGGAGGAGAUUGCAAGGGAGAAAGUGGGUCACACAGGAAACCCAUCACAGAGCAGAAACAGAGAGAACAUUAGAAUAGAAGACUGCAAAGUGGUGGUUCCCAGCAGGUUCCGAGUAAUGGGGAGACCACAUGCAACCGAGGAGCUCGACACAUAAUUUAGAGAAAAACAAAUACAGAGUAUGCUACCUUCUGCUCAACUACACCAAGUGGAUGAGGGGACAUCUGUAAAACAUUUAGGCAUUUGAUCCUGCAUCAUUGAAGAAAGGUUCAAAAUCUGCUGGUGUGCCAUAGAAGUUGCUGCAAGAAACACCACACACUGUGGGCAAGACUGUAGGCUCACUAUCACAGCAAGACUCUCUAGGAUUUGUGACAAGUAUCAGAUUGAAAACUCACUGCUCCCACCUUCUUGAUAAGUACAAAUGUUGUCGUCAACUUUCAUCACACGAGAAUCUCUGUCACAUAUUUCAUGAAAAGAAUUCCCCUCUCCAAAAUUUUUUUCUUUUUGUCCUUCUCCCCUAAACAUUUCCAGGACACUCAGCCAACCAUUUUACCCGUGAACUAGUGUCAGAGCCACUUAAGAACUUUACCUUGUCCUGGCUCAAAUGUUCACUGCCAGGCGUGUUCAGGAACUGAACUCGCCACCCAAACCCUCGAUGAUAUUGAGACCAUUGUUGCUAGUUUAAGGCAGAAUCAUUCCACGGUUCCCUCACACCUCCACCCCACAAACCCACAACCCUGACUCCCAGGAGUUACAUUCUUACACCCAGUGGGAUAGGUCUACGAUCUAACUGCCCACCCACAUCCCACUAGGGGUGGCCAACUCUGCUCAGAUAUAUUCCUGGAGGUUUCAUCACACGACUUCCUCCAGACAUCCUGGGCCUCUCACUUUGGUCAUUGGCUGUUCAACAUCUCCGCUCUCGCAGUCCCCAUCAUCCCCACGGCCAAAUGGAAAGCAAAAAAGACAAGUGGAAGUAAUAUCCAACUGGUAACAAAACUCACAGCCCUUCUGUCUUCCUGUCCCAAAUCCUUCUGCAACCAAUAAGCAGAAGUGACCAAAAGAAAAUGACGAAUAUGUUUGAAUUAUUUUCUCUCUGGAAUGUUGUUGCUCCCGGAGAUUCCAGAGCAAUGUUGGAGAGUUGGUAACGCACAUUAUCCCCAUGAACUAGAGUAAAACUGAUGGUCCUGCUGCAGCCAAGAGGUCCUUAUCUGAUAUUUCCUUUCUGCAAAUACACUCCGUGGUAAGUUGUAUAAGCAUACACAAAGUAGGAGUAGGAGUAGGCCUUUCAGAGAUUCGAAAAUGAAAUUUCAUCCUCUGUGACAUUAAAAAUGAUUGGCAAGUUGCAAACUGCACCAUAAUCUGCAGAUCUGUUUUACCAAACUGUUUCUGUCCCUGCCUCAAUCAACUCUUCAACCUUUCAAUUCCUGCCAUUGUUCUGAAUAAGUUUAUCAUUAAUCUAUUGUGAUUUGUGAAUUGUAUCUUACUUUAUUUUUUUAAGCUGGCAGUAUUACUUUUCUUUAAAAUAUUCUUGUGUUUAAAGAAAAAGACAGAAAAUUAAACUGUGAUUGCUAUGGCAACAA